AUGGGUAGAGCAGAAGACGAGAGAUGGAACGUUGCAGCGGCCGAAAGAGACGGCGUUAGCCCCGGCGGCAAAGCAAGAGAGGCUCGAGGCUGGUCUUCUCCCUCUCUCUCUCCCCCUUAUCUCUGUCUCUUCAAUUCUCUGGUUACCCCAUGGGGGCAUGACAGCAUAACCUACCAUUGUCGUCGAACUCUUCUUCUUCUUCUCUUCUUCUCCUCUUCUUCCUCUUCGUUGUCGUCUAUCUCCUCUUGUCUUGCUCUCUAA